AUGGAGACUGAUCGCCCAGAUGGUCAUCAAUCAGAAUCACAAAAGAAUCCUAUGUUCCAAAUAUUUUUCAUCUUGCUGGAGGUCACUAUCGUAAUUCUUUAUGGCAUUUUCGUUGAGUUUCACUAUGAUCCAGUGGACCCAAAUCUCCCAUGGACUGAAGAGCCACAAACCGAAUUUGUGACGGGCUAUCCUGUUCUGCAAGAUAUAUCAGUCAUGAUGUUCGUAGGUUUUGGAUUUCUCAUGACUUUUCUUAGAACCCACAGCUGGUCUGCCGUGGGUUUUAAUUUUAUUUUGACAGUAGUCGUUUUUCAGAUGUACAUUCUUUAUUCUGGAUUUUGGUCAAGAUGUGUUUCUGACGACCACUGGGACCUCAAGAUUCAGGUAGGAAUCGAAACAUUGGUCACAGCUUUUUAUUGCUGCGCAUCUAUUUUAAUCAGCUUUGGAGGAGUCAUUGGCAAACUUAAUUUAUUCCAGCUUUUAGUUAUGGCUUUUAUUGAGGCUUGUUUUUACUCAUUGAACGAAGCCAUCGUGUUUGAGAAAAUUCACAUAGAGGACAUCGGCGGGAGCAUCACCAUUCACACAUUUGGUGCUUACUUUGGACUGUCAGUAGCAUUUAUAAUUUCGCCAAAGCAGACCAAAGGCCAUCCUAAGAAUAGCUCAAACUACAACUCAAAUUUAUUCGCUAUGAUUGGAACUUUGUUCUUGUGGAUGUAUUGGCCAUCCUUCAACUGUUUUCUAGCUUUAAACCCAGAGGACAGAAUUAGAUCUGUCAUAAACACACUUUUAGCCCUUACUGGGUCUACUACUGCUGUUUUCAUAACAUCUUCUUUCUUUAAAAAAGGCAAGCUUAACAUGGAAGAUGUGCUUAACGCGACUUUGGCUGGAGGUGUCUGCGUGGGUUCAAGUGCUGACCAAAUUGUAUAUCCUUUUGCUGCUUUAUUUGUUGGGUAUUUUGCAGGAUUUAUAUCUUGUAUUGGCUUUGAAAGGCUAUCAGGCUUCCUGCAAAGAAAAGUAGGACUUUAUGAUACUUGUGGAAUUAACAAUUUGCAUGGGAUGCCUGGAGUUUUUGGAGGGAUUUUUUCAGCUAUAUCUAUUAAAUUAUUUUUGCAAAAGAAUAUAUUAUAAAAUAAUAGUGGCAAUAAUAAUUUAAAACAGUAUAUAUAUUUAUAGGGGCAUUAACAGAAGAUACAUUAGGAUUUAGAGUAGAAGAUAGAUUUGAAGGAAGAACUGCUUCAGAGCAAGGAGGACUCCAAAUGGCAGGCUUAGGAAUUACCUUGGGAAUUGCCAUAGUUACUGGAAUAAUCACAGGCUGCAUUUUAAAGCUGGGGUGCUUUAAAGGACCUACUGAUCUUUUUGAAGAUCAAGUAUUUUGGGAGAUGGAAGAGCAUCAAAUCUCAAAUGGGUACAUUCCUGCAACGACUCGUGAAAUAAUAACUGAGGGAAUCGAGCUACCUGAAAAGCGUCAUAAGAAACACAGACAUGACAAGGAAGCCGAAUAA